CUGACCAUGAGUUUAAGAAUUCUGUUGUGCGUUCCCAACCAAAGAGUGCAAUCCAAAGAAGAGAUGACUUCUUGCCCAUGCGAGGCAACCGGAGGCCCCGUAACCUUCAGAAGAGGGAAUAUUAACAAAGCAUCGCCCUUGAAGCCAAACAACCACUAUCCGGUGGUACCUAUAUAUAAGAGGCGACCAUAUCUCCCGUCUCUAUCUACCGACAGUUUAUUCAAGCUCACACAGGAAACAAUUAGAUUCACCAUGUCAACAACCCCAUCCGCUCUUCAAGCUUCCGAGAAUUUUGAGCCAUCUUCGGAAUGGGUUCAUGAAGAAGCCUUCAGAACACUUCUCAUUUAUCUCCCAGGAUUCAAGAGGGAACAUAUCAAGGUACAAAUAUCUAACAACGGUUACAUUAAUAUAAGCGGCGAACGGCCGCUAGACGGUCAACGUCGGAGCAAGUUCAUAAAGCAAUAUCCAUUGCCAGAGCACUGCAAGGUGGCACAAACCCGGGCAAAGUUUGAGAACGAAACACUGCAAGUUAGGUUCUCCAUUGCUCAAGAUGUGGUCACUCUUCCUCUGGUGCCAACGCCCAUAAUGCACAAACCGCCAUCGUCGCCGAUGGAGAGGACUACAACUCAGCAAGGGGAGAAGGCACAGGAAAGAAAUGGUAAGAGUCAGAAAGCAGUACCUGAAGAGGAAGAGCUACGAAGGAAGAAGCAGUCUGAAGCCAAAGAAGAAAUUGGUCGUAAGGGACAGCCGAAGGCAACUGGUAUUCAGGAGAAAAAGCAAGAGAAGUUGCAAGACAAGGGUAAAUCUGAAGAAGGCAGAUCAAAUAGUGACAUGAAACAGGACUACAGGAUGAGUCCUGCACUUAAAACUGAAGGCAGAUCAAAGAGUGAUGUGAAACAGGGCCAGCAGAUCACUCCAUCUCUUAAACCAGAAGAAGGCAGAUCAAACGGUGACAAGAAACAGGGACAGCAGAUGAGUCCUGCACUUAAAACAGAGGAUACAUCUAGCCUGGAAAAGAAACAGGCGCUACACGAGAGCUCAAGUUUUCCCAGUUCCAACGGCAAAGGCACCGUGACGACAGCAAAGUACAGUAUCGACAGCCUUUUCAUGGGGCUCCCUCCAGCUAAGAAGACACUGUUGGUGAAUGUGGUUGUGGCCGGUUUAGUGUGUCUUGGCAUUGGAUUGUAUUUGAGGUACAACUAAGGAGACAACUAGACUUGGUUGAUGUCUACAGUCAAGAACACCUCAGUUUGCAUAUAUGUAAUACAGUCAAAUUAAUAAGAAAUGGAUGAAUUAAAACCAAGAUAAACAUGCCUAGCAUAUGAACUGAUUUCUAUCUUGAUCUUCAACGUAGAGUUGCUUGUCUUUCCAGGUCACCAGUCAACAUGGC